UAGUGUAUUUAAAAGCGGGAAUCUGUAUACUGUGUUCUUAUUUUAUUUUAGCGAUAUUUUGAAGUAUUACUCUAUCUAAAGUAUUUAUUUUAUUUUGUAUUGAUCGGAUAUAAGACAAUCACAAUAAAAUAUUGAUCUUACCAGGAAAAUAAUAUUACUGAAAAGUUCUUACUGUAGAGAGUGGAUAGUGUUAAAAAGUACACUCUUAGAACAGAUAUAUCUAAUCAUGGACAUCAUUGAAACCAUCAAGAAAGACAAAGCAUACUUAAAAUGCAAAAUCAUAGUAAAAAAUUGGGAAAAAGCUUUUAAAUCACAACAUAGCCGGAUACCUUCUAAGUUUGACAUAAAGGAAGCUCCACCAAAAAUUAAAUACGCUUAUAAAAAAUACUUUCAACUCAAGAGCAACGCACUGGAGAAUUCAUUAUCAGUUUGUGAUUUUGAAGAAGAGUCCUUUGGUUCUCCGGAACCUGACCAAGUGGAAUACAUUUCUAAUAAAUCUGUAAGUCCUCAGCCUGAACUUCCAGCACUACCAAGUGGUCAAGAACUAGAGAAGUUGCUUUCCAAUUCAGAUGCUAAACCUGAUAAUAAACUGUUAACCCCAUUUACUGAAAAUCUAUCCAAAAAACUAUUCCAAAAUCGAAAAUUCUCUCUAAGGAACCCUAGAAAGCUUUCAAUAUGCCGAUCUCAACCAUCUGCAGAAAAUAAAUCUUCAAAUACUGGUUCAACAAAUGAAACUUGCCAAGAACAGAUAAAUAAUGAAAUAGAUUUGAACAUUUUCAACAAUUCUGAAACCAACAAUUCAUUAAAAAUUAUUGAAGAACCUUUGAGCACCAAUGACAUGACCUUGCCACAUUUUUCACAAGGACAAUCACAGUCUUUGAGACCAGUAAUUAGACAAGUAAAUAAUGCAUGGCUAGAUAGAGCUGCUGGUAUUAUAUCUGAAGGGAAUGAUCACUCUGUUGAACCUGAAAGAUUUGGAAUAGGCAACAUCAAGAUUUUAGAUAGCAAAGAAAAACCUCAUGAUUAUGUGGAAAAUAGUGAAUCAGAAGAUGACCUGGUCAAUGAUAAGUUAAUGCCCGCCUUAAAGAAGAGAAAAUUAGAAGUUGUUAAAAAUGAUGAUGAUUCCAAACAACACCAUGGGUCCAAAGACAAAAAAGUUCAACACAAACAAACUGAGAAAUCAAAUAGCACCCAAAUUAAUAUUCCUGAAAAGAAGAGUUUAAGUAAAUCUAAACAUAAAAUUGAAAAUAAUAUUGUUGAACAAUUGCCUCCUGACAUUCAAGAAUAUAUUCCUUAUGGCUUAGAAAGAGAUAUAAAGCCUCGUCAUUUACAAAUUACAAAUGUACUACAAAAUGUUGACUCUAUUGUUAACAAAUGCAAUAAGGUAGAUGAUUCUAAAGAAAAUACUAGUAUAGAUAAUAAAAUAAAAGCUGGAACUUUAAAUGACAAUUUUGUCAAAAUAAAUAUUGAAAAAAAAGUUUUUGCUAGAGGAAAGAAGAACAUUAAUUAUUCCAAGUACAAAAAGCAACUAUGGAAAAGUAAGAAAAGUCUUCAUGGAGGAAUGGAAUUUCCUGAGGGUGGUAAGGUUGCAUGUUUUAAGUGUGGUGAUACAGGUCAUAUGGCAAGAUACUGUAAAUCACAUAAAGGCGAAACCCUUUUACCAUUAGAUAGUUACAAUGAAGAUAAUAUUCCUACUCUAGAAGAAAUGCAAGUAUAUGCAUCUGAACCAUCCAGUAGUACAAUAAAUGAGUCACUAACUGAACAACUACAGGAGGCUAUGUUUGAAUCCAGCAAAGUACCUGACUCUUUUAUGAAAUUGUUAGCUGAGCCUGCAAAUAUUGAUGGCAUUGAAAUAAAACCUCUUUACGAGAGCUAUGAAAAAGUUCUUUCAGCUGACUUGGAGCAGGCUCUUCAUAAAUUUGGUCAUAAAGCUUUUCGCCCAGGACAAGAAAAUGCUAUUAGAAGAAUUUUAUGUGGAAUGUCUACUUUGCUCAUAUUAUCUACAGGAGGUGGAAAGUCACUUUGUUAUCAACUUCCAGCAUAUCUCUACAGUCAGCAUUACAAAUGUAUAACAUUAGUAAUUUCUCCCUUAGUUUCACUAAUGGAGGAUCAAGUUUUGAAUGUUCCAGAAUUCAUCAAGGCUGGAUGUUAUCACACAAAUCAGUCUCAGACCCAGCGUAGUAAAAUCUUACAGUGUCUUAAGGAUGGACUAUUAGACAUUCUUCUUAUAUCACCUGAAGCUUUGAUAGCUGGUGAUUCAUCAAAUGGAAUAUCAGGUCUUUUUAAGUCACUGCCUCCAAUUGCCUUUGCUUGUAUAGAUGAAGCUCAUUGUGUAUCACAGUGGAGUCACAAUUUCCGACCAAGCUAUCUUAUGAUCUGUCGAGUAUUAAGAGAAAAGCUGAAGGUAAACUGUAUUCUUGGAUUAACUGCUACUGCAAGUCAGACCACUAUUAAAAGUGUAAUUAGCCAUAUUAAUAUACCUGAUGGUGUUGAUGGAGUUAUAAAGAAUCCAGCACUACCAGAUAAUCUAUGCUUAUCAGUUUCAAUUGAAAAAGAUAAAGACAAAGCCCUGGUAUCAUACUUGUUGUCAGAACAAAUAAUACAAUUUAAUUCCAUUAUAGUAUAUUGUAUAAGAAGAGAUGAAUGUGAAAGAGUUGCUGCUGUACUAAGGUCAUGCUUACAAGAAACCGGUAAAGUCAACAUGGAAAGCAAGAAAAAUAAAAGAAAAAGAAUGUCUUACAUUGCUGAAGCUUAUCAUGCUGGAAUGUCAGCUGCACAGAGAAAAAAAAUACAAAAGCAUUUUAUGGAGGGUACAGUUAGAAUAAUAGUUGCAACUGUUGCUUUUGGUAUGGGCAUCAACAAAGCAGACAUAAGAUGUAUUAUUCAUUAUAAUAUGCCUAGUAGUUUUGAAUCAUAUGUACAAGAAGUUGGAAGAGCUGGUCGGGAUGGUCAACUUGCAUACUGCCACAUAAUGUUAAGUAAUGGGAGUAAUGAUAAGAAUGAAUUAUUAAAACAUAUUCAUGCUAACUCUAUUGAUAGACCAACAAUAAGAAAAUUACUUUCUAAAUUGUUUAUACCUUGUGAAUGUGUUAAAAUUUGUUCAGAUUUAUCUAAAAGUUGCAAGGGUCAUGAAGUAGGAAUCCCUAUAGAUGCAACUGUAGAGGAAUUAGAUUUACCAUCAGAAAACAUUGCUACCCUUCUAUGCUACAUUGAACUCCAUCCUAAACACUACAUAAAAUUUCUUAAUAAUGCCUACAUCAAUUGCAAAAUUUCUUCAUAUGGAGGUCCCAAAAAAAUUCAUGAUGCAGCGAAAUCCUGUAGGCCAUUAGCAAUGGCACUUUUAUUAGAAAACAAAAGAGAUGCUGGUAUUAUGAAAAGCAGUGUUAUAGAAUUUAAUGUUAUUGAAGUAGCUGCAGCUAUUGGGUGGGAAAGUGGUGUUACUAAAUACCACUUGAAAAAUUUAGAAUGGAACACAGAAUCUGGGAUCUCUCAAAGAUCACAUUUAAAAGUAGAAUUUAACACACUUGGUUUCCGUAUUAGAGCUAGAGGAGACUUAAGUGCUACAGAAUUGGACGAAAUGUUGGAUGAUUUGCAUAAUUCUGUAAUUUCGCAAGAAAAGGCACGAUUGUAUCAGUUAGAAGAAUGUAACACAGCGUUCCAUAACAUAGGAACCGUUUCUUUGGAAAAUAUGAAUUUAUCUGUAGAAAGUCUAUUCAAAAUAUCAGACGAUUUAAAAAAAUAUGUAAGAAAUUACUUUGAACGAGAUAAUAUUCCCACUGAUAUGACUAUAGAAGCACGGCCCUUAGAUGUGGAAAGAGUUGUAUCGGACGUCAGGUCUAUAAUAAAUAUAUAUAAAGACUGUAACUUUACUGGUAGAAGUAUUGCAAGGAUCUUUCAAGGAAUUUCCUCACCGAAUUAUCCCGCUAUCGUUUGGGGUAGAUGCAAGUUUUGGCGGUCACAUUUACACGAAGAUUUCAACGGAUUAAUUAAAUUAGCGACUCAACAAAUAAUCCAAAUGAAAAUGUAACAAUUUUGAUUUCU